AACAGCCCCGGAUGUGGGCGGAACCUUGAUGGAGGGCCUCCGCUGCGGCGGUUUGGAGAGGCAGAAUUAUGUCUUCUCCUUAAUUAUCAUGUGAGGGCCUAAGAAUUUAAUGGGGGGAAAAGUGUGGAAGAGGACUAAGAUCCAAACUGGCGCACUUCCCGACCUUCGCUGCCCUCUCGGCUCUCCCGCCAACCGCACUACCAGGGUGUGUCUCCCUUAUUUCAUCCCCGAAACAGCCUCUCUAAACUGGUUAAAUGAGAAUGUCCUUGGCUCAGAGAGUGCUCCUCACCUGGCUUUUCACAUUGCUCUUCCUCAUCAUGUUGGUGUUGAAACUGGACGAGAAAGCACCGUGGAAUUGGUUCCUCAUAUUUAUUCCAGUCUGGAUAUUUGACACUAUCCUUCUCGUCAUGCUGAUUGUGAAAAUGGCUGGACGGUGUAAGUCUGGCUUUGACCCCCGACAUGGAUCACACAAUAUUAAAAAAAAAGCCUGGUACCUCAUUGCAAUGUUACUUAAGUUAGCCUUCUGCCUCGCACUGUGUGCUAAACUGGAACAGUUUACUACCAUGAAUCUUUCCUAUGUCUUCAUUCCUUUAUGGGCCUUAUUGGCUGGAGCUCUAACAGAACUUGGAUAUAAUGUCUUUUUUGUGAGAGACUGACCUCCGAGUACAUCGUCUCAUUUCUGUUGUUGUUCAACAAGCUAUACAGUAUUCCAAAUGUUUGCAAGUUUCAAGAAUAACAGAACUGAAGGAAAAAUACCAAGUGUAGUCUUAAACUACUAGGGAACAGGAUUGGUUUGGCACAAACUUGUAGCUAACCCUAAGCUAAAUUAUUCAAUAUCUUGAGUUCAUAUCUUUAUUAUCCCUGUGUAAAUAAAGCUUGUUUCUGACCUCA